AUGGCAGAUAUAUUGUUGCCAGACAGGGUUCAAGUUGGUAUGACUCAACACUUAAUGAAAAGUUACUCUGAUCUCCUCAUCAGGACAUGUCAUAGGCGUGGCGUCCAUGCCAUAGGUGGAAUGGCAGCUCAGAUUCCAAUUAGAGAUGAUACAGCAGCAAAUGAGGCAGCCUUUGAUUUUGUAAGGAACGAUAAAAAAAGAGAGGUGAAAGCAGAGCAUGAUGGAACUUGGGCAGCUCACCCAGGACUCAUCCAAGCCUGCAUGGAAGUCUUCACCAACAACAUGGGAAAUGCUCCUAACCAAACCCAAACCGUUAAACGAGAAGAUGCAGCUAACUUAACAGAAGAAGACCUAUUGCAAAGGCCUAGAGGGGUCCGUACCAUGGAAGGCAUCCGGCUAAACACUCGUGUUGGGAUUCAGUACUUCCAGGGCAAUCAGUAA